AAUACAGAUCACCUUAAUAUAUGAUUGAUGAUGCCUACCUAACAAGCAAAAGACUUUCUAGAAUCUCAUCCUUUGAACUUGAUCAGCUGGCGUCUUAUUGAGUUUAUAAAUGAUUAAGCCAUUAAAUUUGUUGAUCAUUCUCAUCUUAACUUUCUAGAUCAACAUUUAUUAUAUCAAAUAUGUUAUUGAAAGAUUUUCCUCAAGAAUGUUGGGAAUCAAUCUUCAAAUUCCUUGGCCAAGGAAAAGAUUUGGAGUCUGUUUCUAUGGUCUGCAAGAAAUUCCUUUCCAUUACAAACCAAGUGAAAUUUUCUUUAACAAUACAUGAUUCCACUAUUCUAUUCCUUUCUCGGCUACUCUCGAGAUUUUUAAGGCUCAAAGCCAUAGAUUUUAGUCACUUCAAUGGUGAACUAGAAGACAUCCUUCAUCAAAUUUCACAAUCUGGGUUGGACCUUGAUUUGAUUAAUCUUUCCAACCAAAGAACACUUCCUGUUGAUGGAUUGCGAGAACUCGGUACAAAGAUGAUAAACUUGAGGGUUUUGAUUUGCUCGAACGUUGGAUCUCUUCGCGAUAGCCAUCUGAACUGCAGAUCAUUGGAAGAAAUUUCAUUCUUCCAAUGCUUCAAGAUAUCCCAAGAUGGAAUUGCUUCUGCUAUCCGAAUGAGGCCAAGUUUGUCUUCCAUUUCUUUUAACAUCGAAAAGAAAAGAAUACAUGGACCUGGUUUGACUCCCUUACCUAUUAACUUGGAUUUGAUCGAUUCAUUCGUGAGCUUGAAAAGAUUAAAUGCUAUUGAUUUAUCAAAUUCUUUUAUAUCGGAUGAGUUUCUUAUCUCAGUCGCAGACGGUGCUGUUAAUUUUCUGAAAAAACUUGUCCUUCAAGACUGUUGCAACUUUACAUUUUCAGGAAUAUUUUAUGUUUUAUCCAAAUGUCAAUAUGUUCAAUCCUUAGAUCUUCGUAAAGCCGACUUUCUAACUGAUCAAUGUAUCAACAAGUUAUCGAUAUUUCUUAUUAACUUGACCUCUAUAAACCUUAGUGGUUGUUGCCAGCUAACGAACUCAACCUUUUUCAUACUCACAAGAAAUUGUCCCUUGCUACUUGAGAUCAAAAUGGAGAGAACGUAUAUCGGGGUAGAAGGUGAGGAAGAUUCCAAUUCCAUGUCAGAUUUUGUCGUCAACCGUCAAGUAAAAGCGGUUCAUUUGGGUGAUAAUAUUUUACUGAAUGAUGCUAGUUUAAUCAAAUUCACUUCCAUUUGCGCUGGUUUACAACUUCUUGACUUAAAUGCAUGUGAAGGUAUCACUGGAGAAUGUGUUGCCGAGGUUAUGAAAAGAUGCUAUGUGAUAAGGCACUUAAACAUUGCAUAUACAGGAAUUGAAAAAUUUGAAAUAAACUUUGAAGUUUCCCAAUUGAAGGUGUUGAACUUGUCAGGAGCAAGAAUUGAAGAUGAAUCACUCUCAAUAAUCUCAAAGUGGUGCAGUGGACUAAUGUUAUUGGACAUUCAAAAUUGUUGGUAUGUUACAGCUAAGGGAGUAAGGGAAGUAAUAGAAAAUUGCAUAGCAUUGAAAGAGUUAAAUUUGAGGAAUUGCAGUUUGGUGGAUGAUGAUUUUGUUUGUGGACUAAUGCAUGCAAGGCCUUCCUUGAGAAAAAUAAUCACUCCUUCUGGUGUUGAUUUUUAUGGUUGAUUUUUCAAUGUGACAUAUAACAAGUCUUGUUUGUUCUAUGUUCUAUAUUAUACUAAUAAAUACCUUGCAUGUGUAGAUAGCAUUUUUGUGAUAAAAGAAGUUGAAAGUUGUGUGUUUA